AUGUCUGCCGCCCUAGAGCUUAGCUACCAAGACGUUGCCGAACACAACACCAAAAAGGACAUAUAUGUAGUGAUUCACGACAAAAUCUACGACUGCACCCAGUUCCUCGACGAGCACCCUGGCGGCGAGGAGGUUUUGCUCGACUGCGCUGGUCAAGACGCUACCGAAGCCUUUGAAGACGUUGGCCACAGCGACGAAGCCCGUGAGACCCUCGACAAAAUCCAAGUUGGCGUCCUGAAGCGACAGCCCGGUGACCCUGCCCCCAAGACCUCUGCCCAUACUACGAGCACCUCAUCCCAAGGCGGCAGCGACAACACUGGCCUUGGCAUCGGCAUCUACUUGAUUCUUCUGAUUGGCGGCGCUCUGGGCUACUUUGCGUUCCAAUACAUGGCCAAGCAAGAGCAGGCCAAGCCUGCCGCUGCCUAA